AUGUUCAUUAUCGAGCGACCAGAUCUCACCCUGGAAAGAAAUCGUCGACUGUUUGACUGUCAAGAAGCCUUCCUCGGAAAUAUUGCAGAUUAUUCCGACGAAAACGAAGGAAUCCGAAUUUAUCUCUUCCACGAGGGCUCAUACAUUUCUCGAACAGUCUUCAAAGCAGAAGAAGUCGAGCGAUUCCUCUACGAAAAUAUCGACGAGCGAAAGUGGAAACUGAGCUACGAUGAUUUCUUCAGCAUUCAGGUCCAUAAUGAGGAGCGGAAGAGAAUGUUUACCUUCAAAGACCUUGGCCCUGUUUUAACAUUCAAAGUUCCACCCGGAUUUUACACCGAUAAACUGCCUCUCAUUUCUAUCAUGGAUAUCUUCGAAGACGCAAAUUACAAGAGCGAAGAUGAAUGCGCCGCUCUUGCUGAUGAAAUUGCUGUGAAACUUUUCGAGCAUAAAACCCCAGAGACAACAACUACAGAAGAUCCCUACUUUCGACGCUACAAGACUCAGCGAGUUACGACAACGCUCAACCCUCUCAUUUGCCGAAAGCCGACCAAGACCAUCUUUCUCUUUGAUGUCGAUAUUUUUAAUAAUGAUGAACCCGUUGAAAUCGCAGCAAACUUCCUCAAAGGCUUCUCUAACUCGCAGCUCAUUGAAGAUGGCUUGGCAAGACCAAGCGUAGCAGUCUUCGAUCAUCAAACAAACUUGGCUUAUCGAAUGUUUGGAGAGUUCAAUGGAGUUACGAAUCCCGUUUCAAACAAGCAUUUCGACGAACUCGUCAAAGCAUGGUUUUAUCCCCACGAAUUCAAUCGAUUCCGAGGCCGCCUUUAUUACGUCCUUCGCGAUGUUUUCCGAAAACCGAGAAACGAAGAUGACUACACUCGGCAAAUCAUCCUCUUUUCUAGCAAUCCCGACUGGUUCCAAAAUGUUCGAAACUUUGUUCUGAAAGACGCGGACAUUGUUGAAGUGAUCGGACCGAGCGAUUAUGAUUUUGUCCGAGAAAAAGCAACAUCAACUGGAAAUUAUUUAGAAUACUUUGAGUCUCGCUCAAGAAGCCAAAUGGCUGGCAAGAUCCUGUUCCAAGAAGGAAGUCAGCUCUGCCGGACGAUUGAGCGGAUCAAACUUGCAAAGUCGACUGAACCGGUGACAUCGACAAUGUUGCCAUCGACAGCAUCGACGUCAACAGAGGUCACUUUGGCAAGUCUGUCAACUCAGCAGAUUUCGACUCAGUCUAUUCCAGAUGAAGACGCUCUAGCGACGCUAUCGGAGAAAAUAACCACAACCACGCUUAAAACAACAACCACCACGAUUUCAACAACAACGACAAGAACCACAACCUCGAGUACAACAACAUCUCGGCGCAGGAAACAAGGUCGAUCGGGAAUGGACAUGCCGCUCUUUUUCUCAACAGCUUCGACGACAACGACCUCUACCACUUCAACAACAACGACAACUGAAGCAGAAAAGCUAACGACAACGAUCGCCCCUCGCGCAGCUCACCAUUUAGGCGAAUGCGAGGCGAGCAACAAAUUCACAUGCGCAGACGGAAUCACCUGCGUCAGCCCCGUCAAAGUGUGCGACAAUCGUAACGACUGCCCAGCUGCACCCGGUGAAAGAAACUCGUUCGAUGAAGAGAACUGUGGAUGUUCCGGACUGGAUCGUCCGCUUGAGAUCCUCAUCGCCCUCGACAUGUCUUACUUCAGCUACAAGCUUGACAGAAAGGGGCCAAAAAGAUUUUUGGCUUUUGCGAGAAAAAUUAUCGAAAGGUUGAGAAUUUCCUCUUCAAAAAAUGCACCAGGAAAUGUUUAA